AUGUGGUGUGCGGUGUGUACGCAGGCGACGUCGCCGGUGGCGCCGCCGGCCAGCGCGGGCCGGUCGCAGACGAAGAGCGAGCGGCGCAGCGGCAACACGUUGUACCAGGAGCUCGCCUUCCACGACACCGACGCGGGCGUCACAGACGGCGACGACGGCGCCGACAUCACCGGCAGCUGGGUCCACCCCGGAGAGUACGCGUCCUCCGUUAACGAUAACUACUUCGGUAUGGGUAAGGAAGUGGAGAAUCUUAUCUUGGAAAAUAACGAGCUGCUAGCGACAAAGAACGCGCUGAACGUGGUGAAGGACGACCUGAUCGUGAAGGUGGACGAGCUGACGGGCGAGCAGGAGAUCCUGCGCGAGGAGGUGGGCGCGCUGAGCGCGGCGCGCGAGCGGCUGCGCGAGCGCGUGGCGCAGCUGGAGGAGGAGCUGCGCGGGCUGCGCGACGCGCUGGCCACGCAGCCCGCGCAGCCCGACGAGGACGAGGCCGGCGUGCCCAUGGCGCAGCGCCGCAAGUUCACGCGCGUGGAGAUGGCGCGCGUGCUCAUGGAGCGCAACCAGUACAAGGAGCGCUUCAUGGAGCUACAGGACGCCGUGCGCUGGACGGAGAUGAUGCGCGCCAGCCGGCAGGACACCGCUAUGGACAAGAAGGGCAAGCAGAGCAUAUGGAAGUUCUUCAGCAACCUGUUCAGCUCGGAGCGUCCGCAGCGGCCGCUGUCGACGCCGCAGCUGCGCGCUGUAGCGGCGCCGCAGCCCCCGCUGCGCCACUCGCGCACGCAGGUGGACUUCAUCGAGACGCAGCUGUCCGACCACCGCCGCCACGACGCGCGCCACGACCACCGGCACGACCACCGAAACGACCACGCGCCCACGCGCACUGAUCAGUUCCGACAGGUGCGGGCGCACGUGCGCAAGGAGGACGGGCGUACGCAGGCGUACGGGUGGUCGCUGCCGGGGCGCGGCGCGCCGGCCUCGCGCGCGCUGGCGCUGGCGGCGGGCGGCGUGCCGGUGCCGGUGCCCGUGUUCUGCCGCCCCAUCGCCGAGGCCGAGCCGCACAUGUCGCUGCUGUGCGCCGCCGCCGUGCACGCCGCCCCCCUCCCCGCGCACGACGCGCACGACGCGCUCUCGCUCGGUGAGCUCGCCGUCCACAGCCGCUCUUACGAGAUGAGCACGGCGCAGGAAGGGCAGCAGGCGACGGGCGGGCGGCAGGCGGACGCCGCGCCGCCGCCCGCUGAGCACUCCUCCUCGCUCGUGUGGAUCUGUGCCAGCACGCAGAGUAAGGGCAUCGUUAUGAUCAUCGACGCGAACAACCCGGCUGAGGUGCUGGAGUCGUUCCCGGUGAGCGACAAGCACAUCCUGUGCGUGGCGUCCGUGCCGCCCGCGCAGCCGCACGAUCUGCUCGAGCAGGCCGACCCCGACCUCGACCCCGACCCCGCCCACGCCCAAGCCCAAGCCCACGCUGCGCCCGCCGGCAACGACAACGACAACAAGCGACACUCGCAAACUCUGUUCUGCGUGGGCAAGAGUGAGUCCACGGAGAGUCAGAGCAACGGCCCCGUGGCGCCCUCCGACGGCGACGGCGGCGACACGGACGCGAUCGUCGGCACCACGCGAUAUGUACAAGCAACUCUGCUGACGCCGCCCGGCACGCCUGUGCGGGAGGCGCCGCCCGCGGCGGACGCGCGCGUGGCGGAGGCCGAUGGACAGGCGCGCGAGGCGGGCGAGGCGGACUCCGCCCUCGCCGACAGUCCGCCGCUCUCCUCCACGCCCGUCAACGUUCCCGUGGCAGUUGGCAGGAGCUCGCCCGAGCCCGGCGUGGACGCGUUCGCGCAGGAGCAGUCGGAGGCGCGCGGGGGCGUGGGAGAGGGGGAGGGUGUAGGGGAGGCCACCGCCGGGGCCACGAUGUGGCUUGGCACCAAAAGCGGCAACCUGUACGUGCACUCCGCCGUCGCCAACUACAGCAAAUGCUUGGCAAGGGUGAAGCUGAACGACGCGAUCCUGUCGAUCGUGUGGUGCGCGUCGCGCUGCGUGGUGGCGCUGGCGGACGGCAGCAUCGCCGUGUUCGCGCGGCGCGGCGCCGCCUGGGACUUGGCGCACUACUGGCUGGUGGCGCUCGGUGACCCCAAGUGCUCGGUGCGCUGCCUGGCGGCGGUGGGUGACGCCGUGUGGUGCGGCUACCGCAACCGCGUGCUGGUGGUGGCGCCGGGCGCGCGCCGCGUGCUGCACGCGCUCGACGCACACCCGCGCCGCGAGAGCCAGGUGCGCCAGCUGGCCGCGCACCGCGACGGCGUCUGGGUCUCCAUCAAGAUGGACUCCGCGUUGCGCCUCUACCACGCGACCACCUACGUGCACCUCAAGGACGUCGACAUCGAGCCCUACGUCAGCAAGAUGCUCGGCACCGGCAAGCUGGGCUUCUCGCUCGUGCGCAUCACCGCGCUGCUCAUCAGCUCCGGCCGCCUCUGGAUCGGCACCAGCAACGGCGUGGUCAUCUCCGUGCCGCUCUCGGACACCUCCGCCGCCGCCCCCGGCCACAUCCCGCUGUGCUCGAUGGCGCACGCACAGCUCAGCUUCCACGGGCACCGCGAGGCCGUGACGUUCUUCGUAGCGGUGCCGGGCGCCGCGCCGCCGCGCUCGCCCGCGUCGCCGCCCGCCGCGCCCGCCGCCGCCGCCGCCGCCGCCACGCCCGCGCCCUCGCCCGCUGCCUCGCCCGAGCACGCCCUCGCCCCCACCCCGGCGCCCGCCCCCGCCCCAGCGCCCACGCCGCCCAUGCUCGUCAUAUCCGGCGGCGAGGGAUACAUCGACUUCAGAAUAGCGGACUCGGAGAUGGAGGAGAGCGUGGUGGCGGCGGAGGACGGGUCGUCGAGCGGGCACAGCUCGCUGGCCGAGCGCGCCGCGCGCAGCCACCUUAUCGUGUGGCAGGUGGCGCCCGCC